GGUGUUAGAUUUCACAAGUGUAUUUAGGUAACAAUAGUAGUUAAUUGGUCUCACAUUUCACAAGUGUAUUUAGGUAACAAUAGUAGUUUAUUCAGUUAAGGUAUAUCUGUGCUUUAUAAAAUUUUAUGCACAAGGGUUUUCAUAUGUAUUCAAAUAUGGAACAUUGUGCACUAAGGAAACUCAACAAGUGACCUGGAGUUUUGGAGUUCUGUAUAUAUGGAAGUCUUGGGGGGGUAAUGGAAAGCUAAUUAAACUGUGUUGACUAACAUCGAUUUUCAAUUGGCAGUUAGGCUAGUGUUGCCAUUUUAGAAUGCUAUGCAUAUCUUCUCAAGUGAUUGUCAAAAUUUUUCCUUGACCUUUUUAUUUGCUACAGAUGAGCUUAAAUUCCAGAUACGCUUUAAUUGUUUUCUUGAGUGAAUUAAUGAGGUGCUUUCUGAUUUGGAUUUGACAACGGAGCAUUGUCGGGGGAAUGCUUUUGGAUAAGUAUCUGAACUUGUGGGACACAAGUGAUUUUGUCCGUCCAUAAUGUGGACUCCACAUACCGUGAACGGACAGGAUAAUCUCACUUGUGUGGAGAACUGUACAAAUCUUUUUCCUCAACUAUAAACACAAAAAACAAGCUCAAUAAGAUUCUGUCUUUGGGUAGCUACCAUAUGUGCUUGAUCAUUGGUUAUGUAUAGGCACCUCAAAAUAAAAGCACAAGCAUCUCUAUCUGAGUAUCUCUGUGUGUGCCUGUCAAUUACCUCUCUCUCUCUCUUGGACUUGAUUAUUGGUUAUAUAUAGGCACCUCAAUAAAAGCACACAUCCUAUAUUUACAGCCCAAGCAUCUCUUUCUGAGUCUCUGUGUGUGUGUGUGUCUAAUCAUCUCUCUCUCUCUCUCCGAAGUUUUGUUCCAAACAUGACUAGUGAGCGGGUUCUCUCAGUUGAAGUUACAGAAAAUAAUGCUGGCUCAUUUCCUAUAGGUGUUCGAAUCUUGGUUGUGGAAAGUGAUCCCACAUGCCUCAGAAUUGUGUCAAAAAUGCUUCAGGCAUUUGGAUAUGAAGUCACAACUGCUACACGAGCCACUGAUGCAUUGCACAUUUUAAGGGAGAAAGAAGAUGAAAUUAACCUGAUUUUGACAGAAACUCACUUGCCUGAUAUGGAUCAACACGAGAUCCUUGAGACUCUGGGAGAAUUGUCUUCUUUACCUGUUGUUGUUUUUUCAGCUGAUAACAAUGAGAGCGCCAUGAUAGGCUGCCUGUAUAAAGGGGCUGCACUUUAUCUUAUGAAGCCAAUCAUCAAGAACGAUGUGAAAAACCUUUGGCAGUUAACAUAUAGAACGAAAAUAAAGACAGCUGUAUCUGGCAAAGGAUCAAACAGCUUUCAUGGGGGGUCAUCAGAGGAGAAGGCUUCAAGUGUGACUGUAGGGAACCCAUCAAGUACCAUGGGGAUGACUGAUCAAAAGGGAAAAAGAAAGGAGCUAGAAGAGAUGGACAAUGAUGAUGAAGAUAAUAACAAUUUAACCGUUCCAAAGAAGCGAAAGCUUGUUUGGACUAAUGAGCUGCAUAACAGAUUCUUGCAAGCUAUCAGGAUAUUAGGCAUUGAUGGUGCCCAUCCAAAGAAAAUACUUCAGCACAUGAAUGUCCCAGGGCUAAAGAAAGAAAAUGUUUCAAGCCAUUUACAGAAAUAUCGUCUUUACUUGAAGCGGGAACAAGAUGCAAUGCUGAAGACCAUGAUUCGAGAUUGCCAUCCUUCAUCAACUUUUAAUCUACAAGGAGGGUUCUCCCAAUACACAAACUCUCAAUUCUUCAUGACAGCAUCUCAAUCAGAAUACGGAAACAAUUUCCAGAAUAAUCUCUGCAGUCCCAUGUCUGUGCAUUCCCUUGGUUCUGUGCAUUCUCCUUCACAUGUGAAGUCAAACUAUAAUGGCAUAUUGAUUCCUAACUAUGGGCAAGUGGCUUCACAAAGCAAACAGCUAUACCCGUCUUACCCCAAUUCCAAUCAUACUGAAAUUAGGACUCCUACUGAUGGGAACUUUUCAAGGUUUGGUCAGAAGGGAAAUCAUAGCGUGGAAGACCAUCUCAAUCAAGGAACCACUCUCUCCAAUAUCGGAACUCAUGGCCCAACAUUCCUGGGCAACUCUCAGCAGCAGGUUCAGUUUCCAUUGCUACAGCCUCAACCACUGCCAGAGAAGGAAGAUGAAUCUGACAUUCUCGAUAUUGCAACAGUGGAAGAGCUUGAGUUGUUGGUGAUGGAAAAAGAGUUCCUUGAAGAUCCUAAUAAUGAUCUCUGGCUUUGAAGUGGCCCUCGACUCCAAAGUUGGCUUUGGUGCUUUAUAACAUGGAGAGCAAGAUCCCUGAAAACUUUGAAUCUGGUCACGGGUGACUGGCGAUGCAGCAGACACCGGCGAACGGGUUUCAAUUGUUGGAGACUUUAUCUGAAUUUGACUGUUUGCUGAGGCAUUUAGUUUUACAGUUAAUAGUCUGUUAAAAUACAGUUAUCUGGUUGCUUUUUCCUUGUUUGCAAUGCCAAUAAAUUAAUAACUGUCUGUUGUUAUUUUGUUGCUCCUUUCCUGUUUGCAAUGUCAUAAACUAAUCUCUCUGUUUGGCGAA